AAUAUGGCAGCCUCCAAUAUGAAAAAGUGAGACGUGUAACAUUAAUUUUAAUUUUCAGUUAGAAUGAUCACAUUGAAAUAAAGUAACAAUCACAGGCCGUGAUCCGUUCCCAUUUAAACUCUUUAUCGAUUGUGAUUUUCGUUUUUGACAUGCCUCGAUAAGCAGUGUUUAGACUGAACUCUAAACGUUUGUUUUUAUUUUGACAGCAACUUUCUGAAGUCUAUUUAUAGUUCAUAACUGUCAUCAGACGACAAACAAUCGAAUCGAGCGAGUGACUUUCCUUCGUCUGCUUGUGUGGGACUUUCAUUUAACUAGCCAGGAAACGAAAGGAAGGGAGCAGAUCUUCUGUUGUAUAUUCAAAAGCCUGCUUCUAGGAUACAGCAGUGCUUCUUUAAGAGUUACAAAAAGGGAAACCCAAAGUAGGAAAAAUCUAGUGAUCAGUUUUAGUUAAAAAUGGCAAGUCAGCAAGGUGUCAAAGGGAAUCCUGCAACUACCAAGAAGUUGUUGGAAGGUCUGCAGAAUGAUUUGAAAACUUUGUCCUCUGAGAGUAAGAGAAAGUUCACAGAAGUCAAAGAGUCAGCAGAAACUGUUCAGUUAAAGCUACGCACUAUUUCAGCUAAGAAUGAAAAUUUUAUAACAGGAUUAAUUCCAGCAAGCUCUGAAAUAAUUCAGCCAUUUAUCUUAGGAUGUGCCACCAAGAAUCCUAAAAUUGUACAGCUAUGUCUUGCUUCAGUUCAGAAACUCAUUUCACAUGAAGCCAUCUCCACUAGUGCAGCAGAUUCUAUCAUCAAUAUGCUAUGGUUGUUAAUGGAGGGUGGUUUAGAGGAAUUGAAAUUAUUACAAACAGCUAUAUUAUUGAUAACAACCAAUUCAGUUGUACAACAUGAUUCAUUAGCCAAGGCUCUCGUGUUGUGUUUUCGUCUCCACUUUACUAAAGAUAGUACAACUAUCAACACAGCAGCUGCUACUAUUAAACAAUUAGUUAGUAUAGUAUUCGAUAGGGUUGUAGCUGAAGAUAAACUAACCACUAAUGAGCCUUUAGUUGAGAUGGAUACCACGGAAUUAAAAGCUGGAAGUAAAACUCCACCCAAAUCUUUAAAACCAUGUGCUGGGGAUGCUUAUUUAUUGUUCCAGGACUUAUGUCAGCUGGUGAAUGCCGAUCAGCCAUUUUGGUUGCUAGGGAUGACAGAAAUGACAAGAACGUUUGGUUUAGAGUUAUUAGAAUCUGUUUUAAAAACGUAUUCUUCAGUUUUUACCAAGUAUCCUGAGUUUAGCUUUAUGUUAAAAGAACGAGUCUGCCCUCUAGUGAUCAAGUUAUUUUCUCCCAGUUUAAAAUAUCGACAAGGAGCUCCACCUCAACCAUCUCCAGCUCCUGUAGAGAAGCCAUUUUUUCCUAUAGUGAUGAGACUACUUCGUAUAAUUUCUAUUUUGAUUAAAUAUUAUUAUCAAUUAUUGGUAACAGAAUGUGAGAUAUUUCUGUCGUUAUUGGUCAAAUUUUUAGAUCCAGAGAAACCACUCUGGCAGAGAUGUCUAGCUUUAGAAGUUUUACAUAAACUCAGCGUUGAUCCACUAUUAGUCAAAUCGUUUGUAGUUAGUUAUGACAUGAAACCACAUUCUACCAAAAUAUUUCGUGACAUUGUGAACUCCCUAGGAGCAUUCGUUCAGUCUCAGUUUAUGAACCCUCCAGGUGGACCAGCUGCUCAGAGUGGAACUAAGGUCCCAGAUACUCAGGGCACACCCCCUGCUAUGGUUGCCGGGUUACCAGUAGGAGGCGGAGUCAGUCCUCAGCCAGCGUUUAUGUAUCGUGGUGUCUGGAUUCCAUUGGUUAUAUCUGUUCCUCAAGGACAAACCAGACCAUUAUUUUUAGAGAUGUUAGAUAAAAUUGAGCCACCUACAGUAGUAGAUGGAUAUGGUGUGUCUGUAGCCUUCUAUUGUCUACUGGAACUAGGAAAGAGCGUACAGAUUCUCGUGUGUGGAGAAACAGAAGAGUCCAAAUCAGGGGAGAAAACUCAACAAGAAGCUAAAGAAUUGGAAAAUACAGAUCGGCAGAUGGAGGAAAGUUUGAUAGAUUCAUCAUGGUGUGGAAUGUUAGCUGCUCUUUCAUUGCUACUGGAUGCUAGUACUGAUGAAGCAGCUACAGAGUCCAUACUGAAAUGUCAGGAAACCUACGCUAGCUUCUGUGGACAGCUGAGUUUAAACGUUCCCAGAGAUGCUUUCAUUACGGCGCUGUGUAAGGGUUCCUUACCUCCUCACUACACCUUGACAGUUCUUAACACCAACCCUGCUAUACCUACUGGACAAAAAUGUAAGUAUAUUGAAAGAGUUUGA